AAAUUAAAGAGUGUUUGUCUCAACGAAAUUUCAUUUGCUAUUUUUCUUAUGUUAUCUACAAUUAUUUCUUCCUCACAAAAACAUAAAACUUGUAAUUAAGUAGGUUUUUGGCAUUUGGAGUUGGCAUCGUCUUUGCUACCUUGUAUACAACUACACUUGCUUCUCUCCCUUGGUGAUUGAAAUUGAUGAAGUAAGCUGGAGUAUAAUAGAGUGUAGAUAUCUCUAUAUUAUGGCAGGAAGCUUUAAGAAAUGCAUGGUGCUAUGUUGUGGAAAACAACUUCCGAAAGAGAAAAUGGGAAGCAAAUACGAGGAAGCCAUUGCAGGACUCACGAAGCUUUUAAGUGAGAAAGCAGGAUUGGAUGACGUAGCAGCCGCAAAAAUAAAGCAGCUAACAGCCGAGUUGCAGGGACAGAAGGCCGAAAAUGGCGUAGCCAAGGCUGAUUCUACGGAAGUUUUUGAUCCGGUUGAGCGCCUUAAGACCGGUUUCCGCCACUUUAAAACCGAGAAAUACGAGAAGAAUCCUGAUAGGUACCGUGAACUUGCCAAUGGUCAAAGCCCUAAGUAUUUGGUGUUUGCCUGCUCAGAUUCUCGAGUUUGCCCCUCCCAUAUCUUUGAUUUUCAGCCUGGGGAGGCCUUUGCUGUCAGAAAUAUUGCCAACAUGGUCCCACCUUAUGAUAAGGAAAAAUUUCCUGGCACUGGAGCAGCUAUUGAAUAUGCUGUUUUGCAUCUCAAGGUGGAGAAUAUUGUAGUUGUUGGACACAGCUGCUGUGGAGGAAUAAAGGGCCUCAUGUCCAUCCCUGAUGAUGGCAAAACUUCUUCUGAUUUCAUUGAAAAUUGGGUCCAGAUCGGCAAUCUUGCUAAGUCCAAGGUGAAAUCAGAGCUCAGCUGUGCAGAGUUCAUUGAACAAUGCAAAAACUGUGAGAAGGAAGCUGUGAAUGUCUCACUUGGGAAUCUGUUGACAUACCCAUUUGUGAGAGAAGCAGUGAUGAAGAAAACUCUAGCUCUCAAGGGUGCACACUACGAUUUUGUCAACGGUCGUUUCGAGAUUUGGAACCUUAACUUUUCUAUUUCACCUUCUACUACAGUAUAAAAAAAUUAAACAUACCAAAUCAAAAUGUUACCAUUUUUUACUUUUCUUCCAGUUUUUUCAAGGUGUCCCUUGUUAUGUAUUCUGAGUAUUGUGUAAUAUAUGCAAUUAUGCAUACAAAUGCAGUAAUAAUAAACAAAUUCUAUCCUCACUUUUUCCCAUCUAAACAUCUUCUCGUAUCUUUGUAAACUCAAAUUAGUAUGAAAUACAUCAUUAUCUUUACA